AAAUUAAAAAGUAAAUAAAUUUGUCUAUGGAAAUACAGAACGGAAUCUUGUAAAAGAUUAGGCCAUUUCAUAAAACAAAUGUAUAGUAACUCGCAGAAAAUAUCUUCGGGACAGUUAUAUUUAUUUCAGCUUUGCAUUUUCUUUUAAAUUGAAUCGUGAACCGGAUUGUAGGUCCAUUGAAAAGGAUUCAUCUUUGACUCUUGCGGAAGGGUUAGCAGUCUUGAUUCUGCAAUAGAAAAGAUUUGCAUUGAGAGGAGACAAGGUUACAGUGCAAGCUGACGUUGGUUCGCAUUUCACUGGACGUUACGGAAUCUUGGGUACUCGGGAUUAGGAUGUCAGUGAUGAACCAGAGUGGAGAAGAGCAGGUGGAAUGUCCUUUAUGUAUGGAACCUCUGGAGGUGGACGAUCUUCACUUCUACCCGUGCACAUGUGGUUAUCAAAUAUGUCGGUUUUGCUGGAAUCGCAUACGGGAAGGCGAGAAUGGCCUCUGUCCGGCGUGUCGGAAGGCAUACCCGGAGAAUCCGGCAGACUUCACUCCGCUCAGUCAGGAGCAGGUGGCAGCAAUAAAGACGGAGAAGAAGGCUCGCGAGCAGAAGCGGCGCAACAAGACGAUGGAGUCGCGGCGCGCGCUCGCAAACGUGCGCGUCGUACAGAACAACCUCGUGUUCGUGGUGGGCCUGCCCGUACGCCUCGCCGAUCCAGAGAUUCUCAAACGGCAAGAGUACUUUGGCAAAUAUGGAAAAAUUCACAAAGUAGUUAUAAACCAAAGUACAGCAUAUGCAGGGACACAGGGCCCGUCGGCGUCUGCGUACGUGACGUACGUGUCGCCUUCGGACGCACUGCGCGCUAUCCAGGGCGUCAACAACGUCAGCUUGGACGGCCGCGUGCUCAAGGGCUCGCUUGGGACUACCAAGUACUGCGCCAACUUUAUGAAAAACCAGCCCUGUCCCAAACCUGACUGCAUGUAUCUGCACGAGCUAGGUGAUCCAAAGGCAUCAUUUACUAAGGAGGAGAUGCACGCAGGCCUACAUCAGGUGUACGAGCGGAAGCUCCACAACCAGUUGUCACAGGCGCAGCGGGACAAGCCAGAUGAGAAACAAUGUAAUAGUUCAGGUAACUCUAGUACGGGCGCAGAAAAAGGCAGUUCAAAAGAUGGUAAUCAGUCGAACGUUACACCGACAUUAGCGGUCACAUCACCUAAUAUAAAUAUAGUCAAUUCUACUAAUAGUAACGGUAGCAGCGCGAGCGGCAGCGAUAAGGGUAGUGGAACUAAUGGUGUUAGCAGCGGUAAAGAAGCCUGGCCCAGCCUCGGUUCCUCGCCGCCAUCAGACAGUCCAGCCAGAAAACAGCCCAGUCCCAAGCCACAACAGUCUACGGUUAAGUCACAAGAAAAUGGUACAUCAGAAUCUUCAAGUCCCACACUCACACAACAACAGGCUCAAACGAAACAGAACAACAAAGAGCACAUAGAAAGCAAACCAAACAGAAGCAAUAAAGACAGUAGCACAAAUGGACACGCAAAGAAGAGUAAAUCAGAGAAAAAACAGAAGAAUAAUAGCAAUAGUAAUAGUAUAAACGAAAUGGAAACAGAAACAGAACCGCAGCCAAAACCCCCUCAGAGUAAUAGCACACAAGCACAGAAUACGGCGUUCGAGAACGACACGCAUACAAGUUAUUUAUCAAACGAACUGAAUGAAUUAGAAUCAGAUAGACACAGUUUGCUAGAAAAUCAUGAUUUAUUAGAUAAUAGUGACCACGGCCUUUUAGAAGACGACAAUACCCACAACCUUCUAAACGAUAGCAACAAUGAUGCAAUGAUGAUGUUGAGGCAUAAAGAAAUGUUUGCGGGCCUAGUAGACAGUAAUCACGUACCGCCGCAUAUGAAGAGCCCGCUAAUGAAUGGCUUCGGUAUAUUAGACAGAGAUACAAGUUAUCUAGGUAAUGAUAGGCAGAUUAAUCAAAUUAGUCAAAAAAUUGCACUUCCCAAGGAUAUGAGAAGGGAAGAACUGAAUAGAAAUGAAAUGUUAAUGAGACACAAUGAAAUGUUAGCAAGACAGCGAGGCGCAAUGGAGCACAAACACUACCUGCCCGCCUCUAGUAUAGGACUUGAGUCUUCUAGUGAAAUGUUAGGUGCUAAUUAUCAUCCAAAUCCCAAUAUGCUUCCACCUUUUGGUAUGCGAGUAGAUAAUUCAUUGGGUACAAGUACACUAGGCAAUUCCUUAUCUACCACAAUGUCAGCCAGUUCCUUGGGCAGUAUGGCGAGUGGUGUUCCAAACUCCAUGGGCCUCGCAACCAAUUCAAUGAGUGGCGGGUUCAUGCUUCACAGUCAACAGUUGUUACAAAAUCAACAGUUGCAAAGUCAACAGUUGCAGAGCCAACAGUUGUCGUCAGGCGUCGUAAAUGGAUUUGACGGCCCCCAAACAUCAAACGAGGGUCGAUACAUGGCGGAGAACAUGGAUAAAUUCUUCACGGACUUCCACAAGGCACAACAGCGGCGGUUACUGAUGUCACGGUCCGAGGACUGCUACUCGGAGCCCCAGCAGCAGCAGCAGCAGCAGACGCAACCACAAACCCACUAUCACAAUAUGGUCAGCGCUGAGCGACUAGAGAUGGAACACAAACAGAGAUUGAACAAUAUGCGAGUAGUUGACGGCAUGGGUGUUGGUGUCGGGGCGAUGAUGGGGUCGCGUGCCUCCGGUGACGGAGACGAUGACCUCGACUUUGACCCCUUCAAGGAGACACAAAAGGCCCUCGCCGAGCUCAUGGAGAACGAGAUGAUGCAGAACACUGUGUCUAGCGGUGAUAACAUGGAGCGAGUACGGCGUGGAGGCCCUCGGUUGCCGCCGCCCGGGUUCGGACACGUGACGCUCGGCCAGGGACCCCGCCACCACCAGCACCAAGGUUACAACUCAAAUAACGUAGCCAUGUUCUCAGACUGGACUCAAAUGGACCCAGCGAUUAUGUCCACGUCGGUAAACUUUAGCAAGAACGUCCAGCAACCACAACAGAGCCUCAACCAGCAGCAACAGGAACUAUUCGCAAAGUUCAAUCAGCUGGGCGUCCAGCCCAACGGUGUAAAUAAAUUACCCGUGCCACUGAUUCACCACCAGUGGCACAGCUCGGGCAGCCAGAAGCUGCCGCUGCAGUGGGGCGGCGUGGCCUACAAUAACAUCCCCCUGCCCCCAGGGUUCGCCCCCGCCAAGACCUCCCAACAUCCCGCCGAAUGUAUCGACGCCAAGUAAACACAAGUGCAAUCUAAAAUUAAAGUCUCAGACAGCGGAUAUUAUAUUUUCUAUUCAGUAAUAUUAUUGUUUCUUUCCGUUGGUGAUGUGAUCGAUAAAUCUUUGUAUUAAGAAGAGCAUAUUUUAACGAGAGAAAUAUGAUAACAAAGGAAUUUGUAAAAUAAAUUAA